AACUAAAAUGUCUCGUCGACAUGGCAGUAACACUCGCCUCUAUGUUGGUCACUUGUCUAGAAGGACUCGUUCUCGUGAUCUGGAUCACAUUUUCAGUAGAUAUGGAAGGUUUCUGAUCCUUUGCCUGACCUGGUGGUCAAUGGUGAGAGGGUGGACUUUGCCUGACUUGGUGGAAUAUAUUGCAAAUUAUUAGGAGACUUUGGCGAUUCUUUCUAUACUGUCUUUACAUGUUUCUAUGGCAUUUGCAAUAAUCAAACUGGUGUUUAGUUGGUCCUGAGGGGCAAGUUUCAUACACUUCCAGUACUUGUGCAAGUUAUGAUACCAUUACUUUUCUGGAAACCAUUUCCGCAGAGUACGGGAUGUGGACAUGAAGCAAGAUUAUGCCUUUGUUGAGUUUAGUGAUCCACGGGAUGCUGAUGAUGCAAGAUAUAGUAUGAAUGGAAGAGAAGUUGAUGGACAUCGUGUUGUUGUGGAAAUUGCCAAGGGAGCGCCGCGUGGACCUGGAGGAGCUAGAGAGAAUGCAGGCAGGGGUCUGGAUCCUGGUUCUGGACGCUGCUUCAAUUGUGGCAUUGAGGGUCACUGGGCUCGAGAUUGCAAAUCUGGAGACUGGAAGAAUACUUGUUAUCGCUGUGGGGAAAGAGGUCACAUAGAAAGAAACUGCCAGAACAGUCCUAAGAAGCUCAGCCGUGGUGAGCGUUGCUCCAGCUCACCUGUGAGAUCAUGUUCUCGUCGUGGAAGAAGUAGGAGUCGUAGUUUCAGCCGAAGCCGUAGCUACAGCCCAUCAAGGUCCCCUUCUAGAAAACGAGUUGCCGAGUAUGAAGAAAGGAGAUCGAGAAGUCCUUUCUCCAGCAGAAGUCCAAAGCUAAGGAAACGCAGUCCAUCCUCCAAGACAAGGAAACGCAGCCCGACACCUGAUAGGGAUAGCCCAAAAGAGAGAGGAAGCCCUUGUCCCAAGAGACAGGGAUCUGUGUUAGAUCAAGAAACGUAUAGUCAAAGUCCCAAGGAGUCAAGCAAAAGUCCUCCUGCGUUGGAUAGCCCAGCUGCUAGGAGGUACGAUGAGAGCCCCUACGAGGGCAAUGGGCAGAAAUGCAGCCCCAGUCCAAGGGAUGACAGGAGCCCCGUCGAUGACGAUGACGAUAAUGGACGCUCUCCAAGAGGCAGUGAGUCCCCAUGAGCCUUAGUGAAGGCAUAUUAAAACACAUUGUGUUGAAAGUUUGUGCGAGUUAUUUUUUGUUUUGAUUCAAUUAACUUUGAAAUUUCAUUCUAUUGAGAUCAAAACUACAAUGCACCAAAGAAUUCUGUCAGUAACAUCAUUUGGCAACAAUUGGUCAUGUGAAACGGCUCUCAGCUUGUUUGAUUAUCCAUUAAAUAAUUCUCCGGCA